CGUCUAUAACGGUCGUGUGAAACAUAAAUCUUGAUACAAGUUUGUGAAAAUGUGGAUUCGUGAUGUGACUGUAUUAGUGAUUGUGAUAACUAGCUAUUUCUCUCAGUGUUACUGCGAUAUUCCUAUUUUACAAAUGUUUCGGAUUGACAAAGCCAGUUUGGAAAAUGAUGGUGUAGCAAAGCCUUAUUAUUGGCAUGAUCACGAAGAUGUUGAUGAAUUCCCGGAGUUCAAUUAUGUUGAGUACGAUGACGAUGACAAUAAUACAUCAGAAAUCCAAAAUGAAGAAGUAUACAUUAAGAAAGAUAGUGAAAAUAAUAUUAACUUAAAGACUGAUACAGAAAUCUACCAGCACACCAAAAACCAUUAUCAUUUACACGAGAAUAAGAGAAGUUUAUGUCCAAAGAACAAGAAAUGUGCAAGAAAAUGCUGUCCUCUCGGAUGGGGGUUGAAUGAAACUGCACACAAAUGCAGCCCCUUGCUUGAUGACUUUAACCCUACAUUGUGGAACAGGUAUAAAAUGUUGAAAGGAACAAAAGCACUAGAUGAGCUGCACUUUUUGUUCGGUCAUGUGACCUGUAGGACGUAUGACGAAAUAAAACCGACAACAAGCAUACGAUUGCAAUCGGAUGGCACCUUAAUGGUGGAAAGGACUUCAGCUAUGGGCCCCGAGCUGGUCUUCAAAGUAAACCAGUAUUGUUUGGACUUGUUCAUUACAGAAGAGAAUGACAUUCAGUUGAAUGCAUUAAUAUGUUAUAUUCAUAAAGAACAAAGAAGGCAUUUUGUCGUGUUUGAACUAUGUUUGGCGAUCAGUUGUAUCUUGAUCGUAUUAAAUGUCAUCGUAUAUGCAUUGUUACCAGUGCUUCGACCUCGUCACAGGUUGCUGAUCAUGGCGUACCUCAUCAGUUUUCUAAUCAGUUUCUCCGUCAAAUUCAUCGAAGUAAUCCUUAUUUUGUGCAAAGUAUCCCAUCGGCAUAUGUGCCUCUACUUCACAUUCACCUUCUACUUCUUCUUCAUAUCAGGAUUCUUCUGGAGAAACAUUAUGUGUUACGACAUGUGGUGGACUAUCAGAAGCAAAAGACCAAUGUCAGGACAAUGUUCAGAAUCUCGUAUACGCAUAUUCCUCUACUUCGUAUACGGAUUUGGAGCGCCAGGAGCGGUAACUGGCAUUGUCGCCCUACUUGAGUUCUCUAAUUACAAGAAUGAUCAUCCAUUCAUGCCUAAUAUACAAAAUGAGGGAUGCAACGCCUUAUAUGGUUACAGCAAAGCAAUUUACCAGUAUGGACCUGUAUGUUUAUUAUUCCUCAUAAACUUGAUAUUUUUUGGACUAACCGUUUUGAAAAUCAAGACAAUUAAAAAAGAGACUAAAGUGGUACUCAAAACUCAAGAUAGUAAAACUCACAUUACAAAAACUGACAAGCAAUGGAUGAAUCUCUCUGUGAAAAUAUUUGUUGUCAUGUUAAUAGCUGAGGUGAACUGCAUUUUCGACUUCAUUUCAAGAUUGUUCCCUGAUUACCCAAUAUUCUGUCACCUUGCUGACUUAAACGUUCUGACGGUACCUUUUAUAGUGUACUUGAAUUUCAAGUGCCAGGGGCAAUCGUGGAAGAAUAUAAAAACAAGGUUUGGAAUUUUGUAUCUCUAUUUAAAAACGUACAGACUGAAGAGGUCAGAAACAGAGAAAACGAUGAUGUCAUCAGUUCGCACUAUGAGCACAGUAACACACAGUCAAGAAAGCUUUGGAAGUCAGGCCACCAGCUCACGGUAUCCCAGAAGUAUUUCAGUUAUAUCUGCUUAAACGGCAAAAACAUAUAAUUGAAGAUCGUGAAUGCCUGCGAAAUCGGACACUAGAAGGUGUACAGUACAAGCUAGUCUUUUUUCGAGAUUUGUGAAGUUUAAAACUGCCGUAGUAUGUUUAAUAGUAGAUAUAGUCUGGUUAUUUUUUUCUGCAGUCGACAGUUGCUGUCAGUUAGUAUAAGCAACGGUAUUUUCAGAACGAUUUUUAUUUAUUUAUUUCCAUCAACGAAUGCAGGCACUGUAUAAAAAAAAAAUAUUGAAAAUGUUGUGAUGCCACGCAUGCUGUGCUCACUAAAUAUGAGAUGAACACAUCAUUUUAUGAAAUAAAAUAAAACAUUUUUUUACGUUAAAACUUUUCACGCUGAAAGUGAUGUUUUAUUUGGUUACUAGAAAACUAGAUCCUGGAUAUUUUCAGUAUAAACUUAGUAGGUAUACAUAAAUUAAUAAAAUAUGAUAUUCACUAGGUAUUAUAUUGAUGCGAUUCAAAAAGAUGACUCCACAUUAUUAUUAUGUUUACGUCAUGUCUAUGUAAAAAGUUAUUUAAAUUAAUACCUACUUUUUAGACAUAAGGUAGAAGAAGCUUGUAAAAAUUGUUUAUAUUGUAAUAAAUAGCUAUAGUACUCCGACAUUGGAAUUUUAUAUUUGUGUAAUUCCAAAUGUGUGUAA